AUGAACCUGACAGAAUUGAAUCUCUCGGAUCGCUGUGAGCAUUUCUCCUGUCCAGAGAGAUCUGUAUCUCCUGCAGUUUAUAUCUUACUGUACGUGUGUUCAGCUGCUGUGGUUCUUCUAACAAUGUGUGGAAAUCUGCUCGUCAUCAUCUCUGUUCUUCACUUCAAGCAGCUUCACACACCGACCAACAUGCUCGUGCUCUCUCUGGCCGUGUCGGAUUUCCUUGUCGGUGCUUUAAUAAUGCCAUUUAUGUUAAUCUGGACGAUCGAGUCGUGUUGGAUUUUCGGAAGAGGAUUCUGCACCUUUUUUUUGUUAGUAGGUGGUGUCCUUAUAACCCUGUCCUUAUAUAAUAUUGCUCUGAUUGCUGUGGAUCGCUAUUUGGCGCUCUCAAGCCCAUUUCUCUACACAAAAACUAUCUUUAGGAGGACCAUGAGCAUUGCAGUUUAUUCUAACUGGUGUAUGUGUCUGGUGUAUGUCAUAACAUUCUUUUAUUUUAAUGGAAUUUUCAUGGAUUUUCUACUGUGUCCUGGAGAAUGUGCUUUUCUCAUAAAUGAGGUUUGGGCUUUUCUCGAUCUUGUUGUAUCAUUUAUUUUUCCACUUUCUGUCAUAAUCAUAUUGUACAGUCGGGUUUUUCUGAUCGCUAAGAAACACGCCACUGCUAUCAGAGAGCUUAAUAAUCACACACGAGCUCAAACACAGAAAAUCACCUCCCACUCCAUGAAAUCUGAGAGAAAAGCAGCCAAAGUCCUCGGUAUUUUAGUGGCCGUGUUUAUCGUGUGUUUACUGCCAUAUUAUAUUUACAGUUUAUUAGGUGACGUUAUUGAAAUACACACAGAAACAAUUCAGAAAGUUUUUAUCAUGCUUUAUCUGAAUUCCACCAUUAAUCCAUUUAUUUACGCUCUGUUUUAUCCGUGGUUUAGGAGGUGCAUUAAAUUAAUUAUAACUCUGCAGAUAUUCCAAACAGAUUCUGCAUUAAUCAAUGUGCUUUCAUGA